AUGAGUUUAGAAGAAAGGCGCCAAAAAUUGCUUGAAAAUACAUUAAAUGAAGUUAACAACUCUCUCGCUGAGAUAUUAAAGAUACUUCAAAAGGAUAGACCAAUUGAAUUCAUAUUUAAAGCAGGAGAAACGCCAGAUUUAACAUUAUCUCUUAAAUCUGAAUGUGGAACUAUUAAUUCUGGAUAUCUUCUAAUAAACAGACCAAACAAAGAAUCAUCACGUCACGAAGUACUAUCAUUUCCACUCUUAUUUGUUCAUCAAAUUUGUUUGAAAUGUCAUACUCUUCGACAGCAGAUUGUUUAUACAAUUCAUAAUUAUAAAAGAUGCACAUUACAAUCGAUUGAAUCAUUUCUUAGCAUGGCAAGUCAAGCAAUUGCAAUUUUAUCAGAUCCAAAGUUCAUGAAGAUACCAAUCACUAAUUAUUUUGAACCACCAUUACCUCCUGACAUUGAAUUAGAUAUAUUUUUCCAAAAUGGAAAUGCAAAAUUAUUAUAUUCGCCAUUUAACAAUUUAGAAGCCGGAAGUGCCAAAAAUGUUGAAGAUGAAACAUUUCUUGUUGCUUUAGAAGGAAUUUUACUCAGAAUUAUUCAUAGUUUGAAAUAUUUAAGAUCAGACGUCAUUACAUGGGCUAUUCCAGCAGACGAAUAG